UGUUGGGCUCUCGGGAAGGUGCUUGAACCUCAAGGGCAAGUGGAAGUGAGAAGAAAUACCCGUGGCCUAAAGCGUGGGUUAUGAGCAGUGUUGGGAGAACUAUACUGUGUAAUGUUUUCAACACUUUUGUUCUCAGCCAGGAUCUCCUGAUUUUGAAGAGAAGCCUGAGCAGCCAAGAUGAAAACCCCUGCUUCCUUUACCUGAGGUAUGGGAAAUUCCUGACAAAAGAUCCUGUUUCGUAAAGGUGUGUCAAAGAUGUUUGAUCUCCAGACGAAGAUUAUGAUCUGCAUUGGUAGUAGCUUACUGAUUGCCACGAUCGUGCUGAUAUGUAUUGUCAUCUGCCUUUACUUCAAAGUAUCCGGUGAACUAAAAGCUGCCAAGAAACCUGAUGCUGUGGCUGUAAAUAAUCGGAGCGAGGUCGCGCGGGACAAGGCCAAAGUCAACCAGUGCAAAGUCAUCCCUACUGAGUCUUGCCGUGCCCUCCAGUGCUGUGAUCAAUGUAGAUUAUAUGGAAAUUGUGAUUCUCUGCCAUCUUGCUGUUGUGACAUAAAUGAGGGACUCUGACUUGGGAAUGAUGGGCAUGAAAAUCUUCAUGAGCAAUAUUUCUGUUAGUAGAAUGUUUUAUUACUCAAGUCAAAUUCUAGAGUGUUUACAUUAUAUAAUGCACCAUGUUUUAUGUACUUUUGAAUAAAUGUGUAACAUUGAAAAUAA